UGGCUAAAACUAGCAAUAUUGGCAUUAUUAGCUCCACAUUUUCAAAAGACAGUUUGUUAUCCUGUGUUAUCCUGUUGUGAAAAAUAUUUCGUAUACAUGUUAUUUCUCACGUGUUUGUAAUACCGUUUUAUUAUCGCGACGAAUAAUCAACAUAUAUAUCCGUAUAAAUUUUAAAUACGGCAAGGCAAUGACUUCAAAAAUGUGUAAAAAGGAUGUUUUGCAAGCUGUUAUUCUUGCAGAUGAUUUUACAACAAGCUUGACUCCCUCGCAAAAUAUAUUUCCGAGCAUCUUGAUGCCGGUGAUAAAUGUACCGCUUUUUGAUUACAUGCUCGAAACAUUGAUAAAGUCGAGAAUACAAGAAGUAUUCCUCUACUGUAGCAGUCACAUUGAUCUACUUAAGAAUUAUGUAAAGGUAAAGAAUUAUAAAGGAACUACAAUCUCUCUGAUCAUUUCCGAUGGAUGUAGCUCUCUCGGAGAUGCCUUGCGAGAUAUUGAUACAAAGGGUUGGAUCAGAGGGUACUUUAUAUUGAUUCGUGGAAACACAUUUGUUAAUACGGAUCUUAAAACUCUGCUCAAUGCUCAUUGCUUGAAAGUCGAGAAAGACAAAGGCGCUACUAUGACUAUGGUAUUACGAAAUUUUGGUUCAACAAAGGAUUCUUAUAUGAGUGAAGAAGCCUCUCUGGUUGUAUCGGAUAAAAGUAGUAAUAAAAUGCUGUAUUAUGCAAAAUUGAAGAACAGUGAGAAGAAAGUGAAGCUGGAACUUAACUGGUUCCUUGAGCAUAAUGAAAUAGAGCUCAAUACAUGCUACUUAGAUACUCAUAUUUAUUUGUGUUCACCGUCUGUUUUGCCACUCUUUGCCGAUAAUUUUGACUUUCAGACUAUGGAUGAUUUUAUACGAGGGGUAUUAAUGAAUGAGGAGAUAUUGGACUCGAGAAUUUAUUGGCAGCAGUUAGCUGUAGAAGAUUAUGCCUUGCCAAUUACAUCAUGGAAGGCUUACCAUAUGCUUACUCGAGAUAUCUUACGUAGACACAGUUUUCCUCUGGUGGCAGAUGCUUUUCCCUCUUUGAAGAAUUUUAUAUAUAUGCCACAAAGCACAUACAAACACGAAACUGCCCUUGCUAAGGGUUGCAUACUGGAAAAGGAUUGUAUUCUUGGACUUAACAGUACAUUAGGAAUUAAUACUAAAGUUGCAAGAUCUGUAAUUGCAGACCAUUGCAUUAUAGGUAGUAAUGCUAAUAUAUGUAAUUCCUAUAUCUUUUCAAAUGUUAGAAUCAAAGAUAAUUGCACUAUUGUGAAUAGUAUCUUGUUUCCGAAUUGUAUCAUCAGGUACGGUAGUCAAAUAGAUGGAUGUAUAUUGUGUCCUGGAAUUGAUGUCGCUGCUCGUAGUCAAUAUAUCGAUAUAAUUGUUGAGUCUCUGCCCUCCGGCGUGUCUAAAACUAAAAUGUUAGAACUCGAUGUUGAUGAUAAAUUUUUGUAUUUUAAGAACAUCAAAGUAGCCGAAUGUGAUGACUACUCUACAGAAUCAUCUAGCAGCGAAGAGGAUUGCGAGCGCGAUUCACCGAUUCCAGAUGAUAUGAAUAUGUUCUUGUCCGAGGUUAUCGAUAGUCUGUUACGUGGUUAUCAGGAUAAGCUCAAUUGCGAGAAUUUGAUUCUAGAAAUAAACUCGUCGAGAUACGCGUAUAACGUCACAAUCCGCGAAGUGACGUACAAUGUUAUUAAAGCGAUUCUCAGUCUACCUUUACAUUAUCAUGCCGAAACGAAAACUCUCGUUACUAGUCAGAACUAUCAAAAGAAUCUGAAAGCUAUCAUUACUUAUUUCAAUUCUAUUAUAUUGAAUUACGUUAAAAAUGAAGACGCGCAAGAUGAUUGUUUGCGUGCUAUAGAGGACAUUGCUAGUACGACUGACGAGUUACUGCCGUAUACGCAACACCUGUUGCAUCAGUUUUACGAUCGUGAUAUACUGUCGGAAGAGAAGAUUUUAGAAUGGUAUGAAUCUACUAACGAGGAUGCAGAUGUGCUUCAUAGCAAAGUAAGAAAUGCCGUCCAGCCAUUCAUCAAAUGGUUACGAGAGGCGGAGGAAGAUUCUACUGAAAGCGAUAGCGAUUAAAGAU